AUGUUGCAACCCAGAUUUCUGGCGCCUCUAAGGGCGCUUGAACGGGCAUUCACACCCUCAAUUCGAUCGGCUUCGUCCAUCUACCAGCCACAAUCCCUAAUUUCACGAACCCUCUCCGCAAACCUCGCUCUUCCGAAAACCACACCUACACCAUCUCUUUCUCGCACUCUCCUCCCAUUCUCCCAAGUGCGUUACGCCUCGCACGCCUCCCAAGGAACAGCCAAUCGACACUCCCGCGAUCCUGCCGGUAAGCGUCUCGGUGCGAAGCGAACCGGCGGCGAAUACGUCGUUCCGGGAUGCAUUAUCUUCCGCCAGCGCGGUUCGAAAUGGUUUCCUGGUGAUAACUGCGGGAUGGGUCGCGACCACACAAUCUACGCUACUCAGGCUGGUUAUGUUCGGUACUACUUAGACCCUGAACGCCACACAAAACGACGAUACAUUGGAGUGGUCUUUGAGAAGGAAGGGAAGCUUCCGGUUCCCCGUAAUGCGCCGACUCGACGCAAGCUGAACAUGGUUGGAGUGCCGCGCAUGGAUGCUGUGGUUGCUCAAUCUGAUCUUGUGGCUUCCAUUGAUGAGAACGGUACCCAGGUGGACGGCGUGUCCGCUGUGGAUGCUGAGUCCGGUCCCGAGCUUCGUCCUGGUUACAUGUACCGUGAGGCCAAUUGGGUUAUUGGUCGUGCUGCUGAGAAGGCUGGAAUCUUUGCCAAGCCCUAUGACCGCGGGAACCGAUGGCUUGCUUGGAGGAAGCGACAGGCUCGUGCUGAGCGUGCUGCCCAGAUGAAGAGUUUGAAGGGCAAAAAGAAGUCUGCCAAGGCUAAAUAA